AUGCUUGAAAGUUUAACAACAUAUAUUGAAAAAUGGAAAACAUAUGAUAUUCAUCCAAUAUCUAUUCUUGGUGGUCUUCAUAUUCAAGCAAAAACAAAAUCAAAUCCUUCUAUAACAUCAGUAGAUUUAUCAGCAACAAAAAUAUCUUUACAAUUAUUUAAAAUAAAUGUUUGUUUAUUACAAGUUGGUUUAGCUAAAGAUAAUAUUCAAUUAACUGAGUUACGUACACAUGUUGAUAUUGUUACAAUAUCAUUAUUUCCACUUUCGUGUAAACAAAUACAAAUGGAAACAAUUUUAUCUAAUUGUGAUCAAUCAACAGCUGAUGUUUUUAAAAUUCAAUUAAUAACAGAACAAUUUCGUCGAUUUGAAAAUACUAAUACUCAUGCGAUACAAUCACAACGUUGUCGAUUAUAA